AUGAAUAUUUAUACUCAUAUUAAAUCAAAUAAUAUUCAUGAAUUAAGUGAGGUUAUUCCACCAUCAUUUAAUAUUGUUGACAAUAAUAAUGUAGAAAAAAUGUCAAAUGAUAAAGAAAAAACAGUAAAAAUAUAUACACCUAAUUGUGAAUCACUUGGUAUUACAGAUAAUAAACUUUUAGAAGAAUUUUUUAGCAAAAAUAAAUAUCCAAAUUUAAAGGAAAAACGUGAUUUAGCUAUUAAUUUAAAAUCAUCCCCCUUAAAAAUACAGACAUGGUUUCAAAAUAAAAGAGCUAAAACAAAAAGAAAAAAUGAAAUUAAAAAAAUUGAUACAAUGAGUCUUUUAAAAAAAAAUAGAAUAUCUCAGACUGUAGAAAAUGUUAUAGCACGUGAGAUGAAAAAAACAUCAAAUCCAAUUUCUGAUUUACAUAUAAAUGAAUAUUCUACCAAAGAAUCUUUAAAUAACUUAGUAUCACUAUUAAAUAAUUCUGAAAAAGGAAAAAAAUGUCAAAAAGAUGCAAUUAAAAACAAAAAUCCAACUUUUAUAUAUGGUUUAUGGUGUGGAUUAAAUUUGUUUUUUGGAAAUGCUUCACCUGAAACAAUUAAUCAAUUUUUAAAUGAGUAUAAGUAA